AUGCCGCCCGACGAAGACGACACGGCGCGAAACGUCCGCUUGGGCGUUCGCGCCCGUCGUUGGGCUCGCGCUCGCGCUCGGAAGACCCCCGACGACGCGCGCGCGGUCGACGUACGCGUCGUCUCGUACAACUUGCUCGCGCCGAGUUCGCUUGAAAAGCACAAGAGAGAGCUCUACAGAGUCGGGUCGCAUCGCCUAGAGUCGUUUAAGCGUGCGCGCGCGGUCGCGUGCGAGCUCGAGUCCUUGAACGCUGACGUCGUGUGCGCGCAAGAGGUGGAGAAAGAGGCGUUAGAGGUGGUGAGCGAGCGACUCAGACGGAGCGGGACGCAGGCGGCAGCCAUGGCGACGCGGGCGGGAAAGGCAGACGGGUGCGUGGUAUUGUACAACGCGCGUAAGUUUGAGGCGGAGUCAGCGGAAACAAUUUACUUUGAUGAGUUAGAGCGAGGAUUGGGAGAUAACGUUGCCGUAGCGGUCGUGCUGAGGCAUCGAGUGCGUGAUGACUUUCGAGUGAUUUGCGUCAGCGCGCACCUCUUAUUUAAUCCGAAGCGCGGCGAUGUUAAGGUAGGGCAGGCUCGGGUAUUGUUGGAUACGGUAGGGAGAUUGCGAAGGAGCGUAAGCGAACGUGGAAUGGUGGCGCACUGCGUGAUUUGCGGCGACUACAACUUCUCGCCGAGGAGCGCCUUGUAUGAGUUUUUCUCCACCGGACGCAUCAAUUUGGCGCAGCUGAAUCGGCGUGAAUUGUCGGGAUCGCUCGUCGAUGUGAUGGCGAAUGAUGGUGAUAGCGACGAUGACGGCGUAGACGUACCGGAAUGCGCGUCGGAGACGGAGACGCUCGCCAUGCAGGCGUUCCGCCGGGGAUGGGACGCGAAUGGUUUCGCGCUUGCAUUUGGAGACAAAAGCGUGCCUUUCCCGAGUAGGACGGGCGUCGAGUUAAAGUUGACGGCGACGUCGGAAAAUGGAUUAGACGUCGAAGAAGUUAGAAAUCUAAUGCGCUUGACGGCCGGUGGGGCGGUCUUGCAUCAUGCGCUUGAGGGAGAGCUUCGGAGCGCGUAUGCCACCGUUGAUGGUCAAGAGCCCGAGUUUACGACGUGUCACGGAAAGUUCUGUGGAACGAAUGAUUAUGUCUGGCAUACUGCAAAUGGUUUUGAGCCAACGGCGGUGCUGAAAUGUCCAAACGUCGAGGAUGUGUUGCGUCACGGGCGGUUACCUUCGGUGCGAUAUCCAAGCGACCACAUCUCGCUCGCAGUGGAUUUCCUCGUCGAAUAG